GAAUCGUAGAACAGUCGGUCUUAGGCUUCAUCAAGGUCGUAAAUUUCAUCCGUUGUUCGAAGUGUCACAAUAUGCUGUCAAAGUGCCACUUGACUAUAAUAGCAUUUGUGACGAACUUCCGGCAUGUAUUGUUUUGCUAUUUCCGAUUUGGAUUAUGAAGCAGUGUUGAAGUUUUAUAAUUACGAAGGGUUAAAAUAUAGUAUUUAGGUAGGAACUUUUACUCCUACCAAACCAGUGAUACACACAACAUAGGCUAUUUUUGUUGGAAAUUGUUACUUUAUAAAGCGUAGAUGACCUUGGGGUCAGGAUAAAUAAAGAACGUGGUUGUACACAUCUUGAUCAUGGCAGCUCUACCUCAAGGACAUUCUGUUGUCCCAUUUGUCAUGCAAAAUAAUGCUGAAUCAAAUCUGUAUCCAACAAUGGUAAAGCAAGAAAGACAUGGUCAUGAAGCAACAUUUAUGGGCGAGAAUUUUCCAGAGGAUCCCAGACAGUGGUCAUGCCAAGAUGUGCGAAAUUGGCUAGAUUGGAUGGGAAUUACAUACAAUAUAAGAAAUAUUGAUGUUUUGAAGUUUCAUAUGAAUGGAAAAGCUCUGUGCCUAAUGACUCUAGAUAUGUUUUUAUACCGGGUACCUACGGGAGGCAAUCUAUUGUAUCAUGAUUUCCAAAGUCGUUUACAGAGAACCGUUCAUGGAGAUAGGUAGCUAGUGUCUAUAUAGGAUUAUAAUAAUAUAGUUUAUUAUUUUAUUCAGAAUAAUAUUUUAGAAUACUCUAUAUUUUACAUGCAUGUUUACCAAAGAUUUAGCAUUCUUAAAGCACCUCAUCUAAAAUCGUUGUACAAAGAUAGAAUUGUGUUCAUUUUUGAUAACCUAUAACAAAGCACACGUCGCGAUAUUUAUAUGUAAACUAUGAAUAUUUG